AGCUUGCAUGGGCCUCCGUUUGCAUGGUUUGGACCCAAGUAUGUCCAGAAGAAUGAUGACGUCACAGAACUGAGGUUCCAGAAGGCAGAGUGGCCCAGCGCUCCCACCUUCUUUAGAGCAUGGGGAGCUGUGAACUAGGCGGGGCUAGAGUAUAGUUCAUGAGGAAGAGACUCUUCAUUCUACUGAUUCUUGAGGAAAGCCCUGGCUGUCUGGGACCUGGGGUCAGAGAGGGGUAGGAGAGAGAUUCCUCAGGUGCUCAGAGGAGACCAGCAGCACGUCUGGGAGAUCCUCGGGACCACAGGCCCUCAGCUGCACCUUCUCCCCUCCGAAGACGAUGAGGAUGCUACUCAUGUCCUUGGUCAGCUGCCUCGUUGCCAUAAAUGAGGCCAAGCUCAUCAGUCGCUGUGACUUGGCCAGAGUGCUGCACAAGGAGGAUCUGGAUGGGUUUGAGGGCUACUCCCUGAGUGACUGGCUGUGCCUGGCUUUUGUGGAGAGCAACUUCAACCUAUCAAAGGUAAAUGAAAAUGCAGACGGCAGCUUCGACUAUGGCAUCUUCCAGAUCAACAGCCACUAUUGGUGCAAUGAUCACAAGAGUCACUCGGAAAACAUUUGCCACGAGGACUGCAAAGGUCUGGCCGGGGUCUCAGGGUGGGAGAGAACUGCUGAGCCCCGAUCUUCUCUCAACCAUCAACUGUGUGAAAAAGAUUGUGUCUGGAGCAGGGGGAAUGAAGAACUGGUGAGGAGGUCACUGUGGGACUAAGUCAGCAGGCAGAGCCCCAAGAAGGAUGUAGUGACAGGAGGGGACAGGAGGCAAGGACUCGACCCCUUCUAACCAUCUAGAAAAAUGUGGGAGAGCGGCGCGGCUUGGAACUGGGACUUACAAGACUUGGGAUCUGGGUCUUUCUCUGAUGUUGUAUUAAAACUGUUUUGGACACAGUAGCAAAGGAACUUGAGUUAGCUGAGGGAGAUGGCUUCGGAGGGGACAAGGUGUCUCACCGAGCUUACCCAAGGGGUCUCUUCUCUGGAAGAGAACGGAGGCAGAGCUGGGAACUGUCAGUGUGGCUUUCCUGACAAGUUUCUGCCUCCUCGUGCAUUUCCUUCACUACUUUCUUUGUAGAGCAGUAUAUUCUGCUCCCCAUUCCAGAGGACAGACUGUGGCUGCCCCCAAGUUAACAGGCUAAUGUUCUGAGCAGUCACGGAGACUGGCUAGUCUCAGCCCCAGAGUCCAAGGGGCUGGGAUAGAGAAUCUGAUUGGCUCAGCUUGGACCCAUCAUCCCCGAGCGGUUCAAUGAGCUGUAGGUGUGGGACCAGUUAAGCAGCACCAUCAUGCUGGCCACGGGUGGGGGGUGGGGCUGGCCCUCUCCAUAAGUCGCAGCAACAUUUUCUAUAAAAGGUGUGUAGCUCCUCAGCUGAGCAAAUACCCCCAAAGCUGUCAGCUUCCCAGUGGUAGACAGUGCAAUGGUUGCUUCACUUUUCUGAGCUUCAAAUUGGAGAUAGAUAGAUAGAUACAUAGAUAGACAGACAGAUAAGUUGCCUCUACAGGUGUCUGUGAGGAUGGAGGGGGUUAAGUGCCUUGUCUACUCUAAGAACACCAUGCGGAAGAGACGCUGACGGCUACUAGGGAUGGCCCUCUCUGGAGGGAGAGUCGAUAGUUGCCCCUGAGAUUGACGGAUUGGUUAUUUAUUUAUUUAUUUAUUUAUUUAUUUAUUUAUUUAUGUAUUUAUCUUUCUGUUUGUUUAGUGACUCUCAGACUUGUAAAAUGGUGCACUCCCCCUUUGGGGCCAGAGGAGGAUUUGAAAACGUGGGAGCAUACUGGACGGGGGGAGGAGCCAAACACCACAGAUAAGAGAAAUUUAAAGGAAGGCUCAGAGGGGCCACAGGGGGACAGACCAGAGAGCGAGCGGUGAAGGGGGUUCUGUGCAUUGCCGUGCUGUGCCGUGCGUUCACUAAGUGCUGGGUCAUGGAUGUGGAGAAGGAGCUACUAAGUAGGAAGCAAGAACCCAGCCGCCUUCUCUCCACAGGGUGGCAUGGAGGUUGCACUGUGCGGGCCGGCCACUCUCCUACUGGAUGACGGGGUGUCACAAGGAAUGAGACAGGCGUGGAGUCAUUCCAGCGUUCCUCUUCUCGCCUGGGGAUUCUUCAUGUCUUCUUCCUCUUGCCUCCACUUCACGUUAUUUGCUUUCCUUCCCAUGUUCAAAAAGGACUGACCGGAGCCCCAGGAAUAAAUGGUUUUCUAGGGCUUUCUCCUUGCACCCAUCCAGGCCCAGGCCCCUGGUUCCUGACUGUCAUUCGCGAACCAAGAGAGGACCACAGUGAAGAAGUUGUUAUAUUUGGGGAAUUAUUAAAGCAUUCCUUGUGCAAAGAAUGUGUUGAUUUAUUCAUUUUUCAUUCCAGAUAUCUUCGAGUACCUAGUAUGGCAGGAGGGUGGUGGGUACUAGAAGAAGGAAGGUAAAUCAUAACUAUUGUUCUUGAGGUGUUCACCAUCUGCCUGGAGAAGCAGCGACAUACACGAACACUGGCUACAGCGAAUGAGUGGAUACAUACAACGAAUACACGGUGCUGAUGUGGAGUUGAACCUGCAAAAUGACAACGCAAAGACAGAAAAGGGGCAGUUGGAGGAAUGUUCCACCCAUGGCUACAAUCGGAACUGCCUGAAUAAACUGUCCCACCUGGGCCACUGCUGUCCCUACUUCUGAGCCUUAACUGCUUCAGCUCUGAAGUGAGAGGUUUGACAUUUGAGCGGUUCCCAGACUUUUGGAUUUCACAGACCAGUAAAGCACGAAAAAAGUUAAGGCCAUGUUAACAUGUCCAACUUUUUAUUUUAAUGCCCAAGAAAGAGUAUGAAUCACAACAACUAUCCUCUAUCAGCAUCUCCUCAUAAAACAGUUUUUACAUGAAAAAUGAAGGUCAGGGUGCCCGGGUGGCUCAGUUGGUUGACCGUCGGUCUUCGGCUCAGGUCAUGAUCUUGCGGUUUGUGGGUGUGAGCGCCGGCGAGGGGCUCUGUGCCCACAGCUCAGAGCCUGGAGGCCGCUUCGGAGUCCGUGUCUCCCGCUCUCUCUCUGCCCCUCCCCCAUUCGCACAUGCAUGCUGUCUCUCAAAAAUAAAUAAUAUUAAAAU